AUGCUUUCUGAUGUCAGGGCACGAAUAGAAGCCCAUCGUGUUCAUUGUAUGGACGGUCGAUCCCAAUCUCAUUCUCCCCUGAGCGACACAUUUCAAUACAGCAUCUCACCAUCAAGCGCAAAUUCCAGCUCACCCCCAUCGGUCAUUGAUACUCCAAUGGUACGCACUCGAUCGGCAAAUCCCUGUUUACAACAAGAACAUAUUCCUUCUAGACCCUCAAAGAGUGAGACACCAUGUUCAACCUGGGUGAGGCCGAGGAGUGGGACUACAGGAAGUGUUCAUGCGAUACCUUUAUCUGCGCUCCAGUUUAAACAGCAACGGCCCCAUUUACAGCUAGCCACUCAGUGGGAAGAACCGCCUCCUAACGCGUAUUCGAUUUGGUCCAAUCCUCACCACCAGAACGACCACGACCACAACCACAUCAAUAAGAAUGACAAUAGGAAUAUCAAAAUUAUCAAUACAAAUACAAAUACAAAUACCAAUAUCAAUACCAAUAUUAAUACCAACGGCAACAGCAACGGCAAUAACACUAACACUAAAAAUAAUAAUCAUAAUAAUGCCAAUAAUAUCAACUCUUCACCCUUUGCGUCUCCGAAUUACCUAAAAGAUCUAUUCUGUGACAUACUUCCUCCCAAUUGCAGAGAGCAGGAUGUGGCUGACCUGAUACGAGAUAGACUCGAUGCUCAGGCAGUGCGUAUCCGACGCUUAGAGCGGUCCCUGGAAGAACCAGUGAGUCCUGAAGACCUGUUGGAUCGACACCCGGCAGUCAUGGCACGUUAUCGCCAACAGGUCUUACAGGACGAAUUUGAGGUCCAGAAGCAGAUCAUGCUGACACAACAGGAACGCACAUUUGAGGCUCUGAAACUCAAGUAUCGCCACGGUUUUGAUCGUAUGGUGGACCGUGUUCAAGAAGAAGCUGAUCGACGUGCAGAGGAGAAAUGGCAGGCACGGGUGGCUGAGCUGGAAGAGCGCUUGUCCAGGUCCAUGUAAUGAUCCUCUUUUUUUUCUUUUCUUUUUAUUUCCUUUUUUUCCAUUUUUCCCUACCCUCACCCUCCACCCCAAAAAAUAAAUAAAUAAAUUAAGAAUAUUAGGCAAAACACGCACCCAAUACACACGCAUUCUCUCCCCUUAUAUUACUUUCUUCUUAUCCUUUCUUUUGCAUUUGUACAUUUUCCAACCUUUAUUUGAGCUUAAUAAACCUCACACUACACACUAUAUUGUUAUAUUCUACUUUGUUCUACCUGAAAUUUUCUUAUGCCACCCACAUAACACUAUUUAUAUAUUCUAUACUCUAUUCUACUAUCCUACCCCCCAUCCCAAGCCCAAGCCCCUGUCCUGCCUUCUUCAUGUAUGUAUACAUUUAUACGUAUUAUAAAUAAUAUCUACUGAAGAAAGUAAAAUAGAAAUCUCAUCCAAAACUGGUC